GGAAAAGGAGGACCUCCUGGGGCGAACUUGUUCAUCUAUCACAUUCCGACGUCGUGGGGCGACGCUGAUAUGAGACAAUGCUUUGCUCCUUUCGGCAACGUUAUCAGUGCCACCGUGUUCAAGGAUAGGGCCACCUUUCAGAGCAAGGGAUUCGGGUUUGUCAGCUAUGACAAUCCUAUGUCUGCCAACGCUGCGAUCACGGCCAUGAAUGGCAUGCAGGUGGAC